AUGAGUCGCUUGUCCAUGCUGCUCGAAGAGAUCCCCAGCGUUAGGUUGGAGUCCAGACGGCCAGGCCAGUUGGAAUGCAAGACCAUGGUCAAUCUCUCCCGCUUCAAAUCGCUGCAGUACCUUGAGAUCGAUGAGGUGUUUCCUCCGCUCAUCCAGAACUUGCGGGAUAAGGUGGGGCCGCGAUUGGUGCAACUCAUUUGUCUCAACUCGGGUGUGACCACAUUGCGAGAUCUUCUUGUAAACAAGCCAAGCGGGGACGAGGAUGCCGAGGUGGAGCAACCAUCUGACUGGAGAGAACUCAACGUUCUCGACUGCAGCCAUAACCAAAUCGUAGAGAUUGACGCAUCUCUCCAUGCGCUGGUUAACGUCAGGCGCGUCGCGCUCGCACACAACCUCAUUCGGAAGAUCGAAAACCUGGAUCACUGUAUAAAGCUGGGCCUGCUCGAUCUGGGGUUCAACAAAAUCGCCUCCGUGCAGGAUAUCCACUUCGUGCUGGGCGGGCUCAAGGUGCUCAUACUGUGUAACAACCAAAUCAAGACCACGAGCUCCCUCGAUAAGCUCUACUCGCUGGAGAAGCUGGACCUCAGCAACAACGCCAUCGACGACCCAGACGAGAUCAAGCGGCUGAGCGAACUGCCGCUGCUGGUCUACCUCAACACCCUGGGCAACCCCGCGUGCAUCCGUAAUCGGACCCGAGCCAGCUCGCGGGAGGAGUGCUACCGACACUACCGGCGAGAGAUCGUGGCCCACUUCAUCACCGAGCGAAGCGACAUCAAUGACCGGCUCAAGGUGUUCGACGAGCAGCCGGUGAGCGAGGAGGAGAUCCACAAGGCCCUACAAGCGAAGAGGUAA